AAAAAAACUGUCCAAAUGUGAAACAAAUCUGAUAAGGGAACAAACGUCCACUGAUCUAACUCUAGACUGAAAAUGUCUGUGCUUAUACCUCACAGUUAUUGUUUUUGUAAACUUUCCAGAUCUUUUCAUUGUCUCCUAAAACUUGAUUGUAUGUGGCUGCUGCAUCCUUUACAAUAAUCCUAUGAUAAUAUAUCAGACUUUCAGGGAUAAAAGAGUGAUUUAUGAUGGAACAAGUCAAGUUGGCUCUUUUAUCAUAUAGUGCUUCCCUCUGCUACAGUCACAAAGUUUCUCACUGCACUUGAUGGUACACAAUGUCAGUGGAUAUGGAGAAGCUAGAGCUCAAAGAGCUGGACAAAACUUUGCUGAAGAAGAACGAAUCCUCACCCAAACCUCUGAGCAAAUAUGAAAGAAUAAUCCAGCCAUGUGUUGCCGAGCUGGUGGGCACAACAUUUUUUGUCUUCAUAGGCUGUGUGUCUGUCAUUGAAAAUGUGGAGGCAGCAGGAAGACUUCAGCCAGCACUUGUACAUGGUUUGGCAGUGGCUGUGUUGGUGGCGUGUAUGGCAGAAAUCAGCGGAUCACAUUUCAACCCUCCAUUCACCAUCGCUAUCUGGUUGUGUGGUGGAAUGCAGCUGACAAUGGUUGUUCCCUACCUUAUCAGUCAGCUUAUCGGAGGUGUGCUGGGAGCUGUAAUGUCAAAGGUUAUGACAUCACACGAGAACUACAUGAAUGCUACCGGAGCGGCCUUUACUAUUCUUACGUCUGAUGAGCAGCUGGGGAAGGUUGUGUUUGCUGAAAUGGCCAUGACAUGUCUAGUAACCAUGGUAGUGCUGUUGGGGGCAGUCAAUGGAAAGAGCAAAAGCCCCCUGGUGCCCUUCAUGGUGGGCUGCACUGUUAUCGUCAAUAUUCUGGCAGGAGGAGACGUUUCUGGCACCUGUUUGAACCCUGCAAGAGCUUUCGGACCUGCAUUGAUAGCUAACCACUGGUCUUAUCAUUGGGUUUAUUGGGUCGGUCCGAUAGGGGGAGGUCUGGUGGCUGCUGCUCUCGUGAGGCUUCUGCUUGGAGAUGAGAAGACACGAGUUAUAAUGAAAUGAUAUUGGAGCACAUCAGCAUGCAAAGCCUCCUCAAUUCAUGAUGCCAUUAAUACUUCUAAAUGCUCUAAAUAUUUCAUAUGUCUAACUUAACAGCAUAUAUUGCAUUUUCAUUUAAAACUUUGUGCGUGCUUGACUUUUAUAACAAAUGACCAACACUUUUUCUUUUUUUCCAGCAGAUGUCAGUAAAUUGUCUUUUGAUAACGUUUCACAUAAAAUAGCAUGUUUUAUCUCAAGCUGCAGUUUAUAUUUUUUUCGAAAUAAAUUUUAUUCCAUAUUUUUAUAUUUUUAUACUAUAUCAGUGUGUUUUAAAUACUGCACAUUUCAACAUUAACAAUAACUGUUCGUUGAACAUUUCCUGAUCUGUCCUAUUUAGCUUCAAAAGAAGUUUCUAUUUCUGUAAAGCAUAUCAAUUAAAUGUCUAAAUGCAAUUUUUUUUUUUUUUUUUUUUUUUUGGGCAGACACCAUACCACCGAAAUCGAGUAAUAAUUAUAUAUAGGAAUAAUAAGAAGAGGAAUAACGACUAGAAUAAUUAGGCUAUAUAUGAUGAUGAUGAUAAUAAUAAUAAUAAUAAUAAUAAUAAUAGGGCUAAUUAUUAUUAUUAUUAUUAUUGUUUUUUAAUAGAAGAAAUAUGGGAUACGUAGAUUAGUUUUUACAAGUUGUCACAUGGGCUAUUCUCUAAAAAAUUCUGGUGUUUUUUUGUUGUUGUUGUUGUUGUUGUUGUUUGUUUUGUUUUUUUUUUGUUUUUUGUUUUUUUUACCUAAAUGCUUGGUUCAGCCUGUUGGGUCAUUUUAUUGGGUUAUUAUUAUUAUUAAGUGCUGGCUAGUUUUGUGUAACUCAGCUGCUGGGUCAGUUUUACUGACAAUACGCGAAGCUGCAGUGUAAUAUAAUGUUGGGUAGUCGAGGCUGCUCCUGCACUUCCUAUGAUUCUGAAAGAAUGAUGACUCGUCAUUGAAUAAAAAUUAUUUUAUAUUAACUGUCCUUGUCCUAGCCUAUAUAACAGAUUUUAGAGUAGCCAUAUUAUUAUUUAAAAUGAAUAGCCUUCAAUAUCACGUUGUGUGACACUAUGUCAAAAACAAACCAGCAAAUGGGUUUAUUAUAAAACAUAAAAAAGUUGGGUCUAAAUAAUCCAGCAUGUGUUCUGUCCAAUAUUUACACAACACUGGGUUGCCAAAUAGUUAAAAACGUCAACAAAUGUCGUUUUUAACCCAGCAUUUUUAGUGUGUAUAUUUCAGUAAUACUAUAGCCUACUAAACUUGUGAUAUCAGAGAAUAGUAAUUAUAAGAUAUUUGUAGACUAUUUUAAUGUAAUUUUUCGACACAAUAUAGUUAGUUGACCUAUACCCACCUUUUUGCCGAAAAGUCUGUACUGCCCAUCUGCUCUUCACAGUGUUUAUUCUAUGUUCAGACAAUCAAGAUAUCAGGUUUGAAUGACCGUA